AUGUUCCCUCGAUUCGGCCACUUUCCUCUCGAAAUUCAAUGCAUGAUCUUUGAGCAGGCAUUGCCACCUUCACAAGUUCUGAACUUCCGCUUUUGGAUUCAUAGGAAACGUGGUGGAUUCACCGAUAUCAUCAAUUUCGGAUCUGCGCUAGCAAAAUUCCCUGGCGUUUCAUCUCUCUUAGAGACCUGCAAAGCCUCAAACGACACUAUGCAUCAUCGUGCUGGCCUUGAGAAGAUCGAACUAUUCCGCCCCCCAGUCCGUCACUUUCUUGACACAACUGAGACACUUCCUGAUACUCUCAACUACAUGUAUCUUCGACCUUCGAUUGAUAUCUUUAUGGUCAGCAUUGAUAGCCUCGUGAGAUUAUAUCAACUUGGCGGCUCGAUAGGAUCCCUGUGCAAAAUUGAGCAACUCGCUGUAACAGGAAUUGAUUACAAUCUUUUCGAUGAUUGGAACGAGGUCGAAAUAACGAAUCUAUUCGAGAAGUUUUACAAUGUGACCCAAAAACACUGCCCAGCACUCAAGAAAAUUCAUCUAGUUAUUGGUGACACUGAAGCAGUUCCGUUCGGCCAUGUGAAAGAUAGUCUUGAGUUGACUCGAGAUUUGAGACUGAUCGAAAUAGACGAAGACUUUCGAAAUUUCGAUUUUGAGGAGGACAAAGAGAGGCAGGAAUAUUACGAAUUAGAAAGUCUUAAGGCAGAGAUGAAUAAUGCUUUCAAUUAUGCGCAGCACGCAAUGAGCGAACUCAAAGACUAUAGAGAAGGAACGGAAAUGCUAUCAGACAGUGCUGUAGCGGAUUACUGGAGGAAAAUGAAAGUAGUUCCGGCUAUAGUAGGCUGGUUGGAAGGUGGGAAAAGGCCCCAACUAUGGUUCCCUGCACUAUCAUCUGUGCUUCCAUGCUAUGAUGACGGAACUCCUUUCGACAGAUAUGAGGGGAUAUUUGAUCUUUUUGAGGGGGCGGACUUGUAA